AUGCCCCUUACCAUGGGAAUGAUCAAAGCAGUUAUACUUGAUCUGUUUGGUGCCGGAAGCAAGACAUCAACUAUAACUCUUCAAUGGGCCAUGUCAGAGCUCAUGAGGUCCCCAAAUGUGAUGCAGAAGGCACAAGCCAAAGUAUGCAAGAACCUCCAAGGAAAGCCGAAGGUGAUCGAGGCUGACUUGAUCAAUCUCAAGUACCUCAGACUCGUCAUCAAGGAGACAAUGAGGCUUCAUUCAGCUGCACCAUUGCUUCUCCCUAGGGAGGCAAGUGAUACUUGCAAAAUCCUUGGGUAUGAUGUCCCCGAGGGCACCACGAUGUUGGUGAACACAUGGGAAAUCGGAAGAGACCCUAGGCACUGGGAAUACCCUAAGGAUUUCAAAGCAGAGAGAUUUGAAUCUGGCAUGGUUGAUUUCAAAGGAACAGACUUUGAGUACAUACCAUUUGGGGCAGGUCGAAGGAUGUUCCCUAGAAUGAUGUUUGCGCAGGCUAGGAUCGAGAUUGUAUUGGCCGCACUUCUCUACCACUUCGACUGGGAGCUCCCAGGAGGGGUGAGACCAGAUGAGCUAGACAUGACUGAGGAGAUGGGCCUCACUGUCCGACGGAAGAACAAUCUGUACCUGCACGUCGUGGUUCGUGUGCCCCCAGUUUAA